UCGGGAAGCCCGCCCCCUCGGAGCUGGGGGAAGGGAGGCAAAGGGGGCAAAGCCAUUCCAAGAUGGCGGCGGCCGAGGCGAGGAUAACAAUGGGUCUGGGGAGGCCGGGGCGCCUUUGGGCCUGAGGCAGGGAGCGGGGCCUGGUGCGGCCUAGCGGAGGAGACGGAGGCGGCGCUGAAGUUGGGACCAAGGGCAGGCCGGUGCUCGGCCAUGGCGCCGCCGCCCCCGCCGGCUUGGUGAGACCCUCUCCCUCGUCUCCGUCUUCUCGCCUCGCCUCCUAUGGUCCUGGCCCCUUCCCCGAUGGCGGAGUUCGCGGUGCCGCGGCACAGCGCGGUGAUGGAGCGCCUCCGCAGGCGGAUCGAGCUCUGCCGGCGGCACCACAGCGCCUGCGAGUCCCGCUACCAGGCCGUCUCCCCGGAGCGCCUGGAGCUGGAGCGCCAGCAGACCUUCGCCCUCCACCAGCGCUGCCUCCAGGCCAAGGCCAAGCGCGCCGGGAAGCACCGCCAGCCCCCGCCGCCCCCUCAGGCCCAGGCCCCGGCCCCACCAGCCGCGGCCUCCGCCGGAGCAGCCCCCUCGGCGCCCACCGCCCCCGCCGCGCAGGCCCCGGGCCACGCCGCCCCCUCCUCCUCCGCCAACGGGCUGGACGCCGACGCCGCGGGCGGGGAGCAGGCCCAGCAGCAGCAGCAGCAGCAGCAGCACGGGGGCCGGAGCAGCAGCAACAGCAGCGCCCUCAUCGCGCAGCUUCAUGAAACAGUGAAAAGGAAGCUUGAUAAUUCUGUUUCACCUCAGAAUGGUGACCAGCAGAAUGGCUAUGGUGACAUGUUUUCUAUGCCCAAGAAAUUGCGUCAUGAAGAUAGUCUUGGUGGAUUGACCGGCUCUUCCAAUGGAAUUCCUCCUGUAUCUACUCUUCACCAACUUGACAGCAAACCAUCCGGUGGAGACACUUUGCAUCUCAAUGGGAAACAUUCCAUGGGGCUAGAUGGCAUCAACAAAAAGUGUCUACCAGACUCUAACCUCCAGUUGAAUGGAAGCAGUGAUGCUAAUGACUCAUUUACUUUGGGUAUUAAUAAAGAGCUCAAGCAAGAACCACCAGAUGAUCUUCCUUGUAUGAUUACGGGACCAGGAAGUUCUAUAUCUCAGAACAACUUGAUGCCUGAUCUUAACCUUAAUGAGCAAGAGUGGAAGGAGCUCAUUGAUGAACUGAACAGAUCAGUGCCUGAUGAAGACAUGAAAGAUCUAUUUACAGAAGACUUUGAGGAAAAGAAGGAUGCUGAUUCUAUUAAUUCAGCUGCACAAACGCCAUUGCCACAAGACAUCAUCAUAAAGACUGAAUUUUCUCCAGCUGACUUUGAGCAAGAGCAGAUAGGAUCUCCACAAGUCAGAUCGUCUUCUGCUGGUACAGCCUUUAUUGGUACCUCUUCUGUCCCUGUUAGUGCUGCUUCUCCAACAGUUAGCAAUUCUCAAACAAUGUUCCAGCCUUCCGGUCAAUCAGUGACUGAUAAUCCCAACCAGUCCAUGAUGCAAUCAUCCAACCAGUCUCAGAAUGUGCAGAGGCCUCUAUCUAGUUCACUGUUGUCUGGACAAAAUACAGGGGGCACCAAAGAGAUGUCAUCUGCUAAACAGCUUCAGCAAAUAGCGGCAAAGCAGAAGCGAGAUCAGUUGUUACAGAAUCAGCAGCAAGUCCACCAAUCCAACCAGAUCUCUAGCUGGCAGCAGUCAGGGUCUUCUCACAGUCCACUGACUGUCCCAUACAAUAUGGAGAAUCCCACUAGCCCUUCAGUUUACCAACAGGACUUCAAUAAUCAGAAACUCAUGAUAUCCAAUAUACCAAACAAGAGUUCUCCCAGGGCUGGUUAUCAUGGUGGAAAUAUAUUAAGCCAUCAGCCGAACAACUUGACCCAAAACUCUGUAUCAAAUCAAACCUCUGUACUGGACUAUGGGAAUACAAAACCUCUUACCCAUUAUAAGGAGUGUGGACAAGGGGUUACAUUAUCUGGACAGAACAAGGCCGCUAUGUUGGCAUAUAUGCAGCAGCAGCAGCAGCGUCAGCAGCCCACAUUGCCUCAUAUGAGUGAAGAGCAGAAUGGGAUGUUUGCAGUGAAGAAAUCUGGAAACAUUGCAUAUAGGCCUCUAGUACCACACAGCCAGGACCAGAAUCCUCCGGCCGGUGUUCCUCGCAUUCCUGUGUCUGUUCCUGGGCCUGGUGGGAGCACACAGCCUCCCAGUGUUUCCAUGGCAGGUAACCACGGCAACACGGCCUAUCUCAACAGUCAGCAGCAAGCGGCUGUAAUGAAGCAGCACCAAAUGCUACUUGAUCAGCAGAAACAGAGGGAACAGCAGCAAAAACAUUUGUUAAUGGAGCAACAGAAGCAGUUCCUGAUGGGACAGAGGCAACUUCUUGCUGAGCAGGAGAAGCAAAGACAUCAUCAGGAGCAGCAACUCCAGAGGCAUCUAACUCGACCACCCCCUCAGUACCAAGACCAGACACCAAAUCCAUACCAACAACAAGUUGGACAAUUCACAGGUUCAUCUCCAGGAAUGGCAGGGGUCAAUAACUUAGGCCAGUCCAACUCCAACAGCCCUCGCAUGUUUUCACAGCCACAGAAUAUGAUCCAGAUCGGAACAGGGCACAGCUCUGUCUCAUCAAGUAGCAGCCAGCAAGAUCGAGGAGUAACUCAAUAUAGUGGCUUGCAGAGCAUUCAACGAAGUGGUUUGUACAACAUGGCAUCUGGUAUGACACAGAUGGUUCCACAGCAUGCCAAUCCCAGUGUCAAUGGGCAACCGCAAAUGCAGAGACCCCCUGGUUUGGCUCAGGGCACUGCUCUUCCUGCUGGAUAUGGACAGAGCACCCUAGGAAAUCCAAGCAUUUCUCAGCAACAUAACAAAGGAGCACUGAAUCCUACAUUGCCAAAACCCCAGAUGGCAAGAAUGCCAACCACGAUUGGGGCUCAAAAUCCAUCAUGGCAGCACCAAGGCAUGUCAAAUCUGAAUGCCCAGACACAAGGAAAUAAUAGUUUAGGGUCAUUUACUCCCAGCUCCACUUUCCAUAUGCAACAGACUCAUCUAAAAUUAGCCAGCCAGCAGUUUGCACAAGGGAUGCCUCAGGUCAGCCUCAACCCUGGCAGACCCAUGGGCUCCAUGAAUGCGGCUGUUUCUGGACAGGUGUUGCCAUCCAUUAGCACCCAGCAGAGAACGAAUCCCCCGACCCAGCAGCCGGUCCCCUCUCAGCAGGUUCUGCCAGGGUUGAGCCAGGCCGUCCCAGACCUGGCAGCUUUCAGCCAGAACCAGAACCAGCCAAUGCCCAGCCGGGCCACUCUGCACUGUGGUCAAGGCUAUCCGGUGAGGACAGCAAGCCAGGAGCUGCCCUUUGCCUACAGUAGCCCAUCCGGGGGCAAUGGACUGCCGAGCCUGACUGGGGAUACGGAUCUCAUAGACACUUUCUUGAAAAACAGGACUUCAGAGGAAUGGAUGAAUGACUUGGAUGAGUUGCUAGGGAGUCAUUAAAAUACAGUUUGGGGUUUUUUUCUCUCUGCUCAAUUCUUUAAAUAUUUGAAAAUGAUUUUUGGACCAAAUACCUGUGGCACUGAGAAGAUUCACAGGCAUUAGUGGGGAUGUAUUGGAACUGCUCCCUUCUGGGUUUAACAGCAUGAGAACUAUACACUAAUGUGAUAGGAAAUAACAUGGUAAUUUUUGUAACGUGUCUGGAACACUGCACAUGACUACAGUCUCAAUGAGUUUGGUGUGUAUGGCCAGCUGGCCCUUCAAAAAUUUCAUUUUAAACUUUGUUUUGCAUUUGCAAAACUUAAAUGUUAACCCGCGCAAAGGCGGUGCAGAGACUGCUGGCAAGGAAAACUCCCAAUAAUUCAGUGUUAAGGCCAUCUUUCCUACCGCUAGUACUUGACAGGUUUUUUGAUCUCAGUUUGACCUGCUAACUGGUAGAGGUAGCACCCUGCCAAUAUUUUAUUCCUGAGGAAAGGAUGGGCAACUUUUAUUUAAUUAUUUGCAGGACCCUCUCUGGUUUAGAGGGGACAGUUUUCUAGUCACUAGUGAUGUGUGCCUGCAUUCUCAGCAAACAAGAUAUGAAAGAUCGCAACAAGAGCAAAUGGCUUUCUAUGCUGGAGAUGGCUAGGUAGUGGGUUCUUUGUUGCCCUAAAUUGGAGGCCUCAGUCUUAAUUGGGUUAUGGCUUAUUAAGCUAAGCAAUUUGCACUGCUGUGGGAGGGGUGGGUCAGGACUGAGCUCUUGGUUUUUAGAGGGUUUUUUUAAUUGGCCAAUCAGACUUAAAAUAAAGUGUGUGCACUUUUUCUAUCUCCUUUCCAGCAUUCAUUAAAUGAGAGAGUUGGAUUGAUCACAGCUUAUUUCUCCCCUUUGAUUCGGAGAGCAUUUAUAAUAAGCAAUGUUUAUUGCUGCCUCACGAGAGCUGUCCCAAUAAGAGCAGCAUCUGUAAAUUUUGGUUGCUCGUAUGAAGCAAACCUUGUGCCUUGGAAGAUGUUAACUAACAUGAAAAGAAAUGCAGUUGCGGCACAAUGAACUGGGGCAGGCGCGAUACUUUAGUAAAGGUCGUUCCAUUGUGAAAGGCCCCAACGCAUUGGGGAAAACGGUGAUUGAAACUCCUUAGAAAUAUAUAUAGUUCUUUCUAGAAAAGCAUAAUGGUCUGUGUGCAAGGUUUCAUGGCUCUGUAGGGUCAGUUCCAUACAGGGCGAAGAAAAGAGAAUUAACGUGUUACCAAAAAUUCUUCUGCUUGCCAACAAGCCACCUUUUGCCUUAACCUUUAGUUUAUAAAGGUAAUAAAUUUGAAAGUUGUUAUAGAUGCACAGAUACCUCUCUGUUCCCUCCUCUGGGUUUUCUUUUGUUCUUUAAUGAACAGGACUGUAUACCUCCUGUUUUAAGGAUCCUUCCUUUACAUCAUCACACCUGCAACUGAGAAUCAAAGAAUUUCCUUCAUGUCAGACCAAUUCGGGAGCAUUUCUACGCAAGUAACGUGUAGAAAGGUCUGGGAUAUUUUAGGCACAGGAAUAGUUAAAGGGAUAAAACAGUUGAACCAUGGGAAGGAAAAUACUUUUCUGUAUCUGCAGUGUUUUUCUCAAAUGUGCACUUUGGAAAAUGAAAUCUGCUUUAACACUACUUUUUUAUUUAAACGUUUCCCAUUAGUUUUGUUGUAUGUGCUUGCCACCCACGAGCAGGUUACGUGUGUCAUGUGAGUGAGAUGUUUGUCUUGUAUCUUGAUAGACGGUUGAUGGGGGGAAUGGAGAAAGCUGCGUGUGGAUGGUUGGGCGGUUCCACUGCUGAAUGUCCAAACUGAAGCAAAUGACAUGGCUUGUAUAUUUUAAGCAUUUCUAAGCGGUGGUUAAUUUAAUAAAUGAAGCAGAUGUCACUGAAUAUUAUUAUGAAGUAAAUUAGGUUAGCUUUACAUUUUACUGAUCUUGUUCACAAGCCAUCAUUCAACUGAAUUUGUCUCCAUGAGCUUGGGUUUAAUCACAGAAUUGAUCCAAGUUGAAUGUCAUCAGGAAAAUUCCUUUCAAUCUUUGUAGCUGCUUUUUCGUUUUGGCCCAGGGGAAAAAUGGGGUGGGAUGGAGUGGGUACAGUUGUCCUUGUUUUUUAAAUGCCUUGGGGAUUUUGCACCAGUGUGCCUUCUUUUUCUCAUUGGAGGUGCUUGGGACCUCAUACUUCUUAAUUGUCUGGGUUCUGCUGAUUCCCCCCCCCCCCCCCCCUUGGGCACACUGACAAAAAUGCCAGUUGUUAUGAAGUUUAAAUUAUAUUAAAUUCUAGAGUAAUAUUUUGGUGCAAAGAAAGGUAACACCUUGUGUUUCUAAUGCUACAAUCAGAUUCUGAUGUCCAGUAAAAGGUUGCUGUUUCUUCUAUUUAGCCUAGUUAUAUAGGUGUUUGUCAACUGCAAGUGCAUGCUGUUUCAAGUACUGUUCACACAAAGUAUUUAGUAAUUUGACCUUGGUAUGUUUUGGAAAGGCAUGUGCAAACAAAUCCCUAAAAAUCUGUGGGUAGGAACUUUCCAAUCACAGCAUGCAAGGCAACCUUGUGGCAUUUGUCCCUGCAGCUAUCCAAAUUGUGAAAAUGUAGCAUUGGUGGGACAAUAGCGAUGUGCUAUUCAGUGGUUCUUGAACAUGGUGGCUGGGUGGGGAAAGCCUGAGUGCUGGCCUUCGGUUCCUUAUAGCAGUUCAGAAACAAAUGUACGCACUUGAGCUUUCCAUUUGCUGCAGCUUCAGAGCAAUAAGAGUUCCCUGAGCUUUACCUAGCCUGCUGCCUCAACUUUAUUUAUAGACUGCGGUGGGUCGUGAAAAGAUGAGAAAGUGUGCAAACGUCACUGUUCGACAUCCACUGCCUUCCAAAAACCCCACAACUCAAUUGAAAGGGUGCUCAGUUUUCUAUCCUACACAUUUUCUUUGUGUAAAUAAAUGUUUACAGUUUUAUAUUAAAGACUGAAUAAGAAUUAGAUCUUCUGAGUGUAUAUUUUUUACUUUUUAUAGAUUUAAAAACUAUAAUUCUUUAUAAAUAUAUAUAUAUAUAUAUAUAUGUUGGGGGUGGUUAUAAGUUUUACACUUGUUUAAAUGGUGAACAGUUCAGAUUUCAAUCCUAACAUAUUUUUUUGUCAAUGAAAUGUAUAAACAUCCCAUUAAUCCAGUUUUCUUUAACUCCAAUUACCGUGGCACACCAAAAAAAUCUUUCACUUCUGUUAUGUCAUUAUAAAAAAUAAAUAUUUUGCUAGUGUAUUAAA